GCCUGUUGCCGCAAAUCUCUAACAAGCAGCAACCAACGAGAUUCAAGCCUUGAACCCGACCCCGCGCCGCCCACACUGGCCACAACCCUGGCAUUCCUCCCCACUACUCAACUGCAACUGCAACCUUCCCUUUCCUUCAUCCGCAACCACACACCAUCACUUGGCCAUCACCAACACCACACCCACGCCGCCCACAGUCACGACAACGCACACGCCAUCGAGCACUCCCUGCACGUCCACGCCCACUUACCCCGCAGCAUCCAUCCGAUGCUGCAGGGCUCCCAGUCAAACCAGUCUCCAUCGGCCAGUCCAGCGGCUGCAUUCCUAAGAUCCCUCGGCGGCGGCGGCAGCGUCAGCGGUCCCACCCCUCACCCACGCUCCUUUAGCGUUUCCUCUGCGCCUGAUGCUGAGCACGAUGCGGGCGCGCCGGCGACCGACCUGCGCCGCGCGCGCAGCAUGAAGACGCCCGCCACCCGCGCGUUCGACGGCAUGGCCGGCCUGUCCAGCUUCACGGCCGCCGGGUCGGGCCUCGCGUCGUCGCCGUCGUCAGAGACCGCUGACGCUGUGCCGGCGCUCCCGGCGAUCGCGCGCCACCCCCUCUUUGCGCACUACGCCCAGAUGCCUGCGCCGCCGUCUGCCGCGUCGCUCGAGAACCCGUUCUCGCCCAUUUCGUCGGACGGCCAGGACGAGGACAUGCCCCCGAGUCCCGUCGAGAGCGCGCUCUCCUCUGGCGCGUUCUCGCCCGCGUCGGCGUUCCUCUCGCACUUCUCGAGCAGGAGCAGCAUGGCCGCCGUGGAGAAGAUCACGCCAGACGCACAAGGUGCCCGCGUGCUCAACUACACGCUGGGCAAGAUUAUCGGCCGCGGCGGGUUCUCGACCGUGCGCCAGGCGAUCCACGUCGAGACGGGCGAGAUCUUUGCGUGCAAGAUUGUCAAGCGCGACGAUCUGAGCGACGAGUCGGGGUCGGUCGAGCGCUUCGAGGACGAGAUCCGCAUCUGGAAGAGCAUGCCCGGCCACCCUGCCCUGUUACCGCUUCUCGAAAUGCACAGGACGAGCUUUGCCACCUUCCUCGUCAUGCCGUACCUGUCGGGAGGGAGCCUGCUCGACGUGCUCCGGCUCGAGGGCGGUGGCGAGAACACGGCGCGCAAGUGGUUCCCUGGAGUGGUGGCCGGCGUCGCCGCCAUGCACGAGGGCUUCCAGGAUUUCGAGGGCAGCAUGCUGCACGGCGACCUGAAGCUCGACAACUUCAUCGUCGACCAGAACGGCGCGGUCAAGCUCGGGGACUUUGGGAUGGCGCAGAAGAUCGUUCCCGGCGGCCAGCCUGUGGCGACUAUCCCCCCCUCACUCAGCCCACAGGCACACCUCCCGGGUCACUUGCAGCCGAGGCCAAGGAUGAGUUCGGCACCGACGCCAAUGCCGGUACCCGGCUCCCAGGCCUACCACGAGCAGCACAACAAGCAUCACCAGCAUCAUCAUCACCAUCACCACCACCACCAUCACUCCCACCACAGACACCAUGACGAAGAGGAGGAGCUCGUUCCGCACCCCUCACAGCCCUUCCCGUCAGCGUCGCUCCCGUACGCGCCACCCGAGCUCCUGAGAGCACCACCAUCACAGCCUACACUGGCUCAGGAUAUCUGGUCGACUGGAAUCAUCCUGCACGCGUUGCUGGUUGGCAGACUCCCCUUUGUCGACUCCUUUGACCCGCGCCUGCAGAUGAAGAUCCUCAGGGGACAGUUCGACGAGCCGACAUUCGUCGGCCAAGAAUGGCUCGAAGUCCUCCACGGCACGAUGGACCGGAACCCGGCCACUCGGUGGGACAUUAAGCGCGUGCGCGAGUCGGACGCAGUCGUCGGCUGGCGUGAGGUCAAGACGAGGCUCAAGAGCCGCAGCAGGUCACGAGCUCGCCACAGACUCAGCGGGCACGAGUCGGGGCUCGACCUCGGUAUCAGAGAGAGGUCAAACGAGAGGCACCAGCACCCCGACGGCAUCCCCAUUCCCAUGGGACGGAGAGGAAGGUCACGCUCGCGCCUCGCAGCCGACAGCAUGGGCCACCACCGCGGCAGCUCGUUCCCUCGUGUCGCCUCGGCAGAGUUUUACACGGCCGAGAUUGAGCGCCCCAACAGUCUUCUCGAACGCCCGACAAGCCUGCACAUCGUCACCCAGCCGAUUGACCAUGAGCGGUCUAGGUCGGCGAGCAGGAACCGGGCGCCGGGCACACCAGGGUCUGCCAGGCCGGUGCUGUCUCUCAACACUGACAACCUGUUGACUCCGCACCUGGCGACCAAGAACGGCACGUCGUCUCCCGACGACAAGCUUGUCUCGGACCUCGAAGGCGUGCAGAUCACACGCGGGCGAUCGACGCAGCGUGGCGGUAACGGCGCUGUCGGCCGGUCGCCGUCGGCGUCGUCACUCUUCGUCCCCGACUUAACGUUAGUCACUGGGCGUCCGACCAACCGCUCGCCAAGCGUAGGGCGGCAGCCAGGCAUGGAAGACGUGCGGCCGUCGCGCUCGCGUACGCGGUGGUCCGACGUCGCGGCAGGCAGCGGCCCACCCUCGGCGUCCCUCCCGUCGUCGAGAAGCGGAUCAAACCAGCGCGGUUCGCCCGGCUGGCAAGCCAACACCAACGACUCGACCCCCACCAGCCGCCCACCGACCCUUGGCUUCGAGCUCGAGGCCGUCGACGAGGAGGAGCGCGGUCGUCGUGGCCGCUCACCGGCGACCAGGGGCCGGCAACCGCAAGUGUUUGCGCGGAGCAAGAGCCGUGGGCCUAAACAACCCGAGUAGAGUGGCGGGCAGGCGUGCGUCGCUGAGCGAGGCUUUCGAUACCCCGUGUCGUUAAGAUGUCGCUUUCUCGGAAUAAAAUCGUAGCGUCUGAUCCAGACACCAGACAUCAAAUGUGGCAGCAUAUCAUGCAAAUGUCUUAG